AUGCAUUUUAUAAAAUAUUUGACUAUCUUUGUCAUCUUCGCCAUUCAAUUCAGUUUACAAGAUGUUUCUUCUGAAGAAAGUUCAAGUCAAAUUGCAAUAACAUCACAAGAAGGAAACAAUUUGUCUGAAGAACAAGGAGUAGUUCAAACGAAAAAAAAUUUAUUAAAUAAUUUAAAAGAUAAAUUUAAUGAAAAAACAAACGGAAUGAAAUCAAAAUUAGGUUAG